AUGGCAUUUUACAAGAUCGCCCUAAAAAGAUCACUCAUCGGCGUACCACACACAACGAAGAGCAUUGUGAAAAGCUUGGGUUUAGGUAAGAGAGGGUCUAUAGUCUAUAAAAGAGUGAACCCAGCCAUAGCUGGUUCCCUAGCUAAAGUGAAAGAGUUAGUUACAGUAAAAGUCACAAAGCAUGAACUAACACCAUCUCAGCAACGUGUACUGAGAAUGUCUAACCCUGGGUUCGUAGUAGAGAAGAGAAGCACAGUUUAA